UUCUAAAUAAAGCCUCUAUGACCUGAAAAGGCGUUCAUUUACAGAGGUCCGGGCCUGUUUGUGCGUUUAGGUGCUCAGUUUGUGUUGUUCAUUUUAAUUUCUCCCAGUGUUUCCAUUGCAGUUUAAUUAAAACUUAACAACAAUGAGUGACGAUGAGAAAGAUUUCGUCAAGAGGGAGUCCCGUUCGGCCUCUAGGAGUGCAAGUCCUAAAGGAUCUGGUAAGUCAGCCAGUCGCCCGCGGGAUCGUUCACCUGCUCACUCAAAAGAGGGUUCCCACCACUCUCGCUCCAAGUCCCGUUCUCGCUCCAGGUCCAAGACGAGAUCUCGUUCCCAUCGGAGUUCUCGCAGACACUACAGUCGUUCCCGCUCGCGCUCCCAUUCUCGCCGCAGGCGUUCACGCAGUCGCUCUUACAGCAGUGAAUACCGUCGCCGCCACAGUCCAAGUCACUCUCCUAUGUCGAACCGUAGACGCCAUGUUGGUGACAGGGCAAACCCAGACCCAAACUGCUGCCUGGGAGUGUUUGGGCUGAGCCUUUACACCACAGAGAGGGAUCUGAGAGAGGUCUUCUCCAAGUACGGCCCUCUUAGUGAUGUCUCCAUUGUAUACGACCAGCAGUCUCGGCGUUCUAGGGGGUUUGCCUUUGUCUACUUUGAGAACAGAGAGGAUUCGAAGGAGGCUAAAGAGCGUGCAAAUGGUAUGGAGCUGGAUGGCCGCAGAAUCAGAGUGGACUUCUCGAUUACAAAGAGACCACACACCCCUACUCCUGGAAUUUAUAUGGGUAGACCAACAUAUGGUGGAGGCCCAAGCGUUAGCAGCAGACACCGUGAUUACAACGAACGUGGCUAUGACCGGGGGGGAUAUGAUCGUUAUGAUGACCGUGAUCACUACAACAACAGGUCGUACAGAAGAAGGUCCCCCUCUCCCUACUAUGGACGAGGUCCGUACAGGUCAAGAUCACGCUCUCGCUCCUACUCCCCACGUCAUUACUGAAAAGUGAACAGUCCUCUCACCCUUCCUGGAUACGAUGAUGACAAUGACAACAGAUUUUUAUUUCUGGUGACAUGAGUUUUAAUCUACUUUAAACUCAUCCCCUUCUAUUUCUUGCCUAAAGAUUUCAUGUUUCCUUGACCAGUCUGGAUGUUGGAUGAAAAUUUUUGCACUUUUUUUUUUUUCUGAUGCUAAAUUUGCAUUUGUUUUGUAUUGUGAUUAGGUUUCCGGCUCCUUACACCUCAUUAUGUUUUUAUGUAUUUUAAGCUUAGUAUUGCAGUGGUCAUGCAAUAAACUGCUUUAUACCUCCUA